AUUCUUGACACCUAUCAACGGUGUGCGUUAUCACUACUUUAUUCUGCCUAGUCGAUUCCAUACACCAUUCCACCCAAGCACUACCUCUUCGAAGCACCCUGUAAUCACCCAAGACCGCAAUGUCUCUCCCGGCCCUCAGACCCUCGUCCUCCCUCGCGAACCCUCUCAACAUCCUCGUCAUCGGCGCCGGUGUCGCAGGGCCUGCCCUCGCAUACUUCCUCCAGAGCGCCGAUCCUCGCCACACCAUCACCAUCAUAGAACGCUCUCCUUCGCUCCGCAUGGCAGGCCAACAGAUCGACCUCAAAGCCGAAGGUCUCCCCGUGCUGAGGAAAAUGGGCCUCAUGGACAAUAUCAAGAAAUCCCUCGUUGCCGAAACCGGCCUCGCCAUGGUCGACCCAAACGGAAAGCCAAUCGCGCACUUCGGCAUCGUCGACGCCGCUAAAGGCACUGUCGGGCUGACCAGUGAGUAUGAGAUCAUGCGGGGUGAUCUGGUGCAGGUGCUUUACGAUGCCAGUCUCGCCCAGGGAGUGAAAGCGAAAGAGCUAGGGCAAGCGGGCGGAUUGACGUAUGAGUUCGGGAAGACUGUCAUGGAUUUCAAACAAGACAACGACGGCGUUGAUGUCACUUUCUCGGACGGACAGGAGAAGCGUUACGACCUCGUCGUCGGCGCAGACGGGCAGACGUCGCGGACAAGACGCCAAGCCUUCGGCCAGGAGGCCAGUGAUGAAGCGUUCAAAUCUCUCGGUAUCCACACGGCCUACUACAGCGUCCCACGGCUCGAGGGCGAAGGAGGGCUCGCGAAUCUCUAUACUGCCCCAGGACGUAGGUGCAUAUUAACACGAAUGGGUGACCGGCCGAUGACGCAGGUGUACCUCUUCAACAUGAACGCUACAAGCACUGAGAGGCUGAAGAAGAUGAACAAAGAGCCAAUCGAGAAGCAGAAAGAGGUCUGGGCAGAAACUUUCAAAGACGCCGGAUGGCAGGCUGACAGGUUUGUGAGCGGCCUGGAUACCUGCGAUGAUUUCUACACGCACGAAAUAGCGCAGGUGAAGAUGAAGGAGGUGUAUAAGGGCCGCGUCGCGCUCCUUGGAGAUGCGGGAUACUGUCCGAGUCCUUUCACGGGACUGGGGACUACGCUCUCGAUCGUUGGGGCGUACUUACUCGCGGGGGAACUGGCAAGACAUGGUAACGAUGUGCCUAGGGCGCUGCAGGCAUACGAUAAGGUCGCGCGGCCUCUCAUUGACGAAUGCCAGCAUUUGCCUACUGGGCUGGUUGGGAUGUUUCUACCAUCCUCCCGGCUAGGGGUCUGGAUUUUCCGCAACAGCAUGUGGGCUCUGUCUACGUUCAAGAUCAAUGAGAUGAUGCAUAGGGUGUUUCCUGAGGAUACAAGUAAGGCUGGAUGGAAAGUUCCGGACUACCCUGAGCUGAACCUGUUGUCAUGAUUUGGGAAUAGACUAUUGGAUUUAUUUCUUCGAGUGAUCGCGGAGAGUUCAUUGAGGGAGGAUGUUGGAGAGAACUUGUAUAUAAUAGCACUACAGUGACAGGUCAUAAGUCUUUGCACACGGGUUUACCGCUGCUUG